GUGACAGUCGUAAUAGCAGAUAUGUGGUGGGGGUGUUUUGAUAUUUGAUUUGAUUUCAUUUCAUGAGAAAUAAUAUGAAUGUACAUAACGUAUCAGAAUUUCAAAAAUAGAAUAAUCAAAAGAGAGAAAAAACAACCACUUAAUAUUAUAAUUUGUUUAUUGGGUCUACUGUAGAGUGAUUUCCUUUACAUGAUAUAACAGUGUAAAUGUGGCAGACAAAAUCGACUAUCAAGAUAUUAUGAAAGAAUCAUCACUCUUUUCUCGUUUUGGUUGUUCCUACGUUCAUUAAUAUUGUAUUAUUUAUUGAUUGCUGAUGAAAACAAUGACGAAGAAUUCAUUACUGAGGAAUAGAUUCUCCAACCGAUCACCUGGCAAUGACUUCCUCGACAGCAUAUACGAAAAAUCGAAGUUCCAUCGGCCUAUGCCCCACAACCACUUCCUGGCAGUGUUCGGCUUGAUGCUGAUUGUGUUCUCUCUAGUCAUAUACAUAGAAAAACAAUUACCAACAGGGCUAAGAGUACAAGAUGAACGGGAAUACCCCAACAGCUUUAUAGCUGAGCGUGCGUACAACAUUUUGAAAAAUCUGACAGCCGUGGGGCCCAGAACUGCAGGAAGCUAUGAGAACGAGGUGGUGGCAGUCAACGUGCUUCGACAAGAAGUUGACAGUAUUAUGAGGGAUGCCAACGGCAUUCAUGUGAUACAGCUGGACAUCCAGAAAGCGUCUGGAGCUUUCAAUUUAGAGUUUUUGGAUGGCAUGACGAAUGUUUAUCAGGACGUACAGAAUGUGGUGGUCAAAAUUGGUUCAGAGAUCAAUUCACCACAUAGUGUACUGAUUAAUUGCCAUUUUGACUCAGUUGUUGAUAGUCCGGGUGCCAGUGAUGACGGCGCAAGUUGUGCAAUUAUGCUAGAAAUAUUGAGGGUGCUAUCGAAAUCUCACAAGAGGUUGAGACACAAUAUCAUAUUCCUUUUCAAUGGAGGUGAAGAAAAUUUCAUGCCAGCUUCACAUGGUUUCAUAACUCAACACAAAUGGGCACAAGAGGUAAGAGCCUUCAUAAAUUUGGAAGCAUGUGGGGCUGGAGGAAGAGAAGUGCUUUUUCAAGCAGGGCCUAACCAUCCGUGGAUAUUGGAGACAUACUCGGAAGAAGUACCUUAUCCAUACGCUUCUUCUUUAGCUCAAGAAAUUUUUCAAAGCGGUGUUAUUCCUGGCGACACUGACUAUAGAAUUUUCAGAGAUUUUGGAAAUCUCUCUGGAUUAGAUUUUGCAUGGUCUGCAAACGGUUACGUAUACCACACAAAAUACGAUUCGAUCGAACAAGUUCCUCUGGGGUCUUUACAGAGGACAGGAGACAAUAUUUUGGCUUUGGCCCGAGGAAUGGCCCAAGGUCACCAGCUGUCCAACAUAGAGAAAUACAAACCGGGAAAUUUGGUUUUCUUCGAUUUCCUCGGUGCAUUUGUUAUACGAUGGCCAAUGAUAGUGGCAGACAUUAUUAACAUAUCAUCUGUGAUAUUUUCCCUUUACUCUCUUUAUGGUAAUAUGAAGAGCGUUGCGGAAACAGAUAGUUUGACAAAGAGGCAAUAUGUAAGAAAGCUAUUCGGAUGCAUGGUUAUGGGUUUUCUUUCUUGGCUGCUAACGGUCAUAGCAACAGUAUCCAUAGCGGCGCUACUAAAUUGUCUAGGACGAACGAUGAGUUGGUAUGCUCGACCUUUGUGGAUCUUUUUCUUGUAUGUAAUUCCCACCCUAGUUGUGUCCAUGGCUGUGAUUUUGCUGCAUGCCAAAGUAUAUAAUAAGGACAUUGAAUCAUCUCCAUGGACGGUGUUUCAGCUAUAUUAUGAUGCAUAUCAAACUAUUUGGACAGUAGUACUAUUUUUGGGCAUUCUGGUCAGACUGAGAUCCAGUUUUAUAGCUCUUAUUUGGGUGUUUUUUUCGGCUCUGGGAAAUGUUCUCAAGUCACUCAUGUUCAGUAAAUGGAGAGAUUCCAAAUGGAUCCUCCUCCACAUAUCAAUGGUCGGCCUGCCGUUCGUGCAAUGCUUCUACCUGAUGAUAGGCGCCCUCUACCUUUUCAUUCCCAUCAUGGGUCGCGCCGGUUCAGGCAGCCACGCCGAAUACCUCAUCGCCGUGAUGGUCAGCUGCAUGUUCGGCAUGCUGUUCAGCUUCGUCGCGCCGCUGAUUCUGCUCGUGCGCGGCACCGAACGGCUGUUCAGCCUGCUGGUCGGCUUGUUUUUGCUGUCCCUGGCCGUGCUGAUACUGACGCCGCUGGGAUUUCCUUAUUCGGGGGAGGCGGGAGCGUUGGCCCCACAGCGGUUCAUGAUAGCGCACACCCACCGAACAUUCCACGACGCCUCGGGCGCCAUCACCAACCAGUCGACCGGCUACUGGAUAGCCGACAUGGACAUCAACAGUCCGCACACGGUCGACCGUCACGUGCCCGAAAUGCUCAACGCUGAGCUGGUCACGACCGACUGCGACCGGUACCUGUAUUGCGGGUUGCCGUACCUCGUGCCGGUGCUCACGAUGAUUUGGAAGACGCACUGGGUGCCGGGCCCGCCGCCCGUUCUGCUCAAGCCGGUGACGAUGAGGGUGGUGAAUCGGACUGGGAUCGAGGGAGGAGAGCGGGUGACCAUCGAGGUUGCAGGUCCUACCCAUUUAGGGGUGAUGAUAUCUCCUGUGCAAGGAGUGAGCUUAGAUGAUUGGAGUUUGAAAACGGAAGAACCGUUGGCUGGUCCACGGUGGCUCGGCAGAGAGACGUAUUUCAUAUAUUACGCAUAUGGGUUGGAACCUGUUCCUUUACUAUUCUCUAUGGAUUUCAAGAUUCCACCCAACCACAGUGGCCCCAUAAUGGACCUGGCUGUUACUUCACAUUAUCUUUUCGGUCCCGGAAAGGCCUCCAAAUAUCUGAAACGACUAGUCGAUCAGUUCCCUCCUUGGACGGCUGUUAAUUAUUGGACUGCGUCCUACGAAUCGUGGACGAUAUAAUAUUCUUCUUUUUUUCCAAAGGAAGGUUCAGCUCAUCAAUAAGAUUUUAUUAUGGUUGUGAGUAAUUAUUGAAGGAGUUCAGUUGAACAUAUUGGAAAUGCUAAGCAUUUCUUUUAGAUGUACAGGGUUUCUCCUUAUAUUCUGACCACCACCCCUACAGCUUCAACUAUAUAUGAGCUGUAGGAUUUCAUACGGACUAUAUUUUGGCACUCUGUAAACAAACAAACGCGAAUCGCAAAAUGUAGAAAAAGAGCC